CGAAAAGAGAGCAAUCGCAGCAAGAACAACAACGCACACGAACAACGCGCACAAAUCCAAACAACCGAACCGCGAACCGCAUCAACAACAACAACACCCGCCGCCUGCUAGCCCUUCCGUUGUGAGCGCGCGCAAGCACCUGCCUUCCUGCUGCUGCUACGACGCCGCCUUCAAGCAAGCCCCUGCUUCUUUUGCUUUGCUGUGUGAGAAUCCCGCUCGUUGCUCGCUGCGCACCAACCAACCAACCAACCAACACCCCGAAGAAGCAACCAAACGAUCGACAGAGGAGAGAAGACUGCGCAUUCUACACCCCACAUCGUUUGCGUGGAAUCAUCCUCGCCUUUCCGGCACUACGAUCCAUACACACACACACACACGCACACACGCACACACACGCACGCACACGCACACACACACUCUUCCGUCAUCAACUUCGCCCAUCCCGUGGCAGCUGCCUUCAUACAUCCAUUGCAACCGCAUCUUCCCAUCUCCUUCACGUCUCCACAUCACCGCGUCACCCCGUUAGCUCUUGUUGGCGAUCGCCAUCGUGUUUGCCGCUCCGCGCGCCCUGUCAGCAACCCAGAUGCAGCCGCAUGCCAUGGGUGACACCGUGCAAGCAACCGGCAUGACGCCCGAGGAGCUCCACGAGCUCAUGUUUCACAACAAGGACGAGAAAACGCUCAUCCUCAUCGACACACGCCCGCUCUCCGAUUACGUCGUGGGCCAUCUUGUCAACGCACACACCGUCAAGCUCUCGAGCAUGUUGCUGCGCCGUCUCGCACAGAACAAGAUUGCUCUCAAGGACCUGAUCAAGGAGGAUGAACGCGAGGCGUUUGUCACCAACUGCAAAGCAGACAACAACCCGGUUGUCGUCGUGUAUGAUGCAGCCACCACCACCGCCGAUGGCGCGCCCUACGACCAGAAGAACCCGCUUCACGUCAUCCUCCGGUCGUUGCAACACGAUGGCGUGCCUUGCUACUUCCUCAAAGGUGGGUUUGAAGCAAUGAAGGCGAAAUACGAUGUGGUUGAGGCCAGCAAAGGCAACGUGCCUGCCGGCAUUGGCUUCUCGCUCCCCGUGCAGCAGCUGCAGUCUGCAGACAAGCAAAAGACUCCGACAACUCCAAUUGAACGGCACCACCGCGAUGCAGAGCCGUGCGAGAUUCUGCCCUACAUGUAUGUUGGUGCGGAGGCGCACGCGGAAAAGGAAGAAAUUGUCAGGAAACACGGCAUCACACACAUCCUCAACCUCACGACCCGCUCGCCAACCCGCCACCCACACAUUGAGUACUGCGUCAUCGAGAUCUUGGAUUCUUGGAACCAAAACCUGAUUGCGCAUUUUGGCGAAGCAUUUGAGUUUAUUGAACGCGCGCGAGAAGCGGGUGGCAAAGUGCUGGUGCACUGCGUCGCAGGCAUCUCACGCUCGCCCUCGGUGGCCAUUGCAUAUCUCAUGUUCAAAAACAAAAUGUCACUCUCGGACGCGUACGCGCUCGUCAAGAAGAAGCGACCGUCCAUUUCGCCAAACCUGGACUUUAUGGCAGAGCUGCAGCAGUACGAGAAGCAGAUUAAGGCUGCAGACCCCUCGUUUGAGGCAUCUGGCUGGGGCGUUGGCCUGUUUGGCGAGGAGGACAGGACAUCCCCUUCAUCACUCUUGGCGUAGCACCAUCGCAAGCACACGGCUGGUUGCAUGACAGCCCAUCACGAGGUCCUGUGAUGUGACAAUGUGACUCGUGUUGGUUUCGUUCUUCAAUUGUUCACGGCGUGUGCUUGUCGCGUGCGUGGGUGGCUGGUGAUUGACACGUGGUGCGCAAGGCAUAUUGCAUGAGUGACAGUUUUGUCGCCACUAUUCCUUGCUUCCUCCUCUCUCGCUCAAUCAAACGGAUGCAAAGGGGCACAUCCCCUUUCCUUGCCCUUUGGAAUAUGUGCCACUUGUGCAUGUGUUUGAAUCGAUUUCAUAAGGCGACUGCCAAUGUGUCCACGCGCACGUGCACGUGCAUUACCUUUCUUGCGCGCGUGUACGCCUGCGUUGGGCUUGGUCGUUUCAUGAUGUCGUUGUGUGUGGUUAUCUACGAAAGUGCAUUAUCUCAGGAGCACAUGCUAUUGCUGGUUGCGUUCAUUCCUCCGUGGGCUCGUGUGUGGUUGCGUGUGUGCUGUUGUGCGGCGUGCGUUGUUCUUCACGGAUUUCCUCGUUCACCAUCAUCUUCUGUAUCAUGAUUCUCAAUUGCUGCUUGGUGUCUUAGUCAGAGCCACUCACGUCCCUGCUCUUGGGAUGCAUGUGCUUGUUCGCGUGUGUGAGUGUGAGUUUUACGUUUUAUCUUGAGCUGUGGUUGCUGACCUUUCUAAUGUGCCUUUACAUUAGUAACUGCGCCCGUUUGCGUGCGCAUUUGCUUUUGUUUCGUUUCCGUAUUCGGUGUCGCCCUCCACCCACCCGUCUUCCCACCUCAUGCACGUGCAAUGAACGCGUGCAGUGGGCACAUCGCUUCGCUCCAGGGCACAGGCGUGCACGUGUGUUGCGAGGAGACGGGUGCGGUGCUUGUGCAUGUGUGCGUGUGCGUGUACAGAAAGCCAAAUUAGAUCAACCUUCCCAAUAAACGGCGUGACCACA